AUGUCAAGGAAGCUUAGUCAAAAGGAGGAAUUCUUCACAAUUGAUACACAGCGAGCACCGGAAGUUAAUGAGUCUAUUCGCAACGCUCGAUUUGCUGCAAAGCCGCUCAGCGCAGUAGAUUUAUCAAGGCUCAAUCACAGUGAUGAUACUGUUGACUUCAACCUCACAAAACCUCACGCUUAUACCGAUAGCGAGCAUGAAGAUAACCUUAACGAAUUCUCUGAUCUAGAUGAAGUGGCGAUGCCCUCAUCGCCGCCGUGCCUGCCUGACUACAAGUCACUUCCUGAAUCACUUUCUGAGUCACCCCUGCCCUACUCAACGCCGUGCCCGACUCAACACUAA